AUGGAUUUGAAAACUCAUGAAAUUCAUUCAGGUCAUUUUAUGGUUAGCAUUCUUGAAGAUUCUGAGGAUGAGACAGAACAUUCGAAUAAUAUAUUCACUGAAAACGUCACUACAUACAGUUCCAAAGAUAGCAGUAAUCAGUCAACUGUUAAGGAUAAAAACAGGCUGAUUUUUGAGAACCUAGCUUCUCUUUUCAAGUAUUUGGAGAUCGCUUAUAGUGGAAAGCUGACGAGCCCGAAAUGGGACAAAUUUCGUGGACUAAGAUUUGCAAUAAAAAAUAAAAUCCGACUCAACAACAUAGUUUGGAGAGAAUACCACAUGCAAUAUGUCAAAAAAUUAAAGCCAGUUGUUGUUCAAUUCCAGACACCUGUAUAUGAAGAUCAUUCUAAAACUGAAGCAGUUAUAUUAGAAGGAAAAUAUUGGAAAAGGCGCGUAAGUACCUUGUGUAAAGAGUAUCGCCUUUGGAGAGCAUUUGCCAAAAACAGGAUAUACAGUUCUCAAAACAGACAAAUUAUACAAUGUGCCAAUGAACUACUCGAAGGGUCGGAUCUAUGUCCUUAUCAAUUUAGUGACCUAUCAAAGAAUACGUCUUCAAAACUUAUGGAGGAAAUAAUGAUGGACAUAGAUGAGAAUCUAGAUUUGUUUUUUGAUCAACCGAUAACAUUUCCAAAUCGACGAGAUUUACCUAUCUUGGGAAACGCCGAUAUAAUGCAACCAGGUUUGCAACAACUUCAACCUGAUAGAAGUUCAUGUGACGACAUAUCGUGUAAUAUUUUUCAGUCUAUUGACCCCAAUUCGACAUUUCAAUGUAGUUCUUCUGAUGCACAUUCGUGUGAAUAUGCAUGGCCUAGCUCGUACUACCCAUUUAACAAAUAUAUAUGUGAAGCAACGUUCUCAAACACAACUACACCUCUUCCAGAGGCCAAACAAAGUUGUAACCUACCUCUUGUUGAACGUCUUAGCGUAGUCGAUUCGUCUUCCCAAAUCUGCUCAUCAUUUUUGUCAGGUAAUCGUAAAUCUGGUCUUUUGGAUUUGGCUACCACCAGUAGUGAAGGGUGUGGACCUUAUUUAAAUAACAGUGUUAGUGAAACAGAUUACCAUGGUCCCCAUCCUUAUCGACCAUCGUUUCCUGUGUCUCAAAAGCGCUACUUCCAACAUCAAUCCAGAGUUGCUGGUCAGCACCAAAGCAGCAACCAUUCUGUUAGCAUGGAAUCAAAUUAUGGAUUAACUACAGGUUCAAUACACACAAAAGGUCACGUAGCUGAACCCAUAAAAUCGUUUGGUUAUCGUGUAGAAUCGAAUAAAGAAAAAGGCAAUCAUACAAACAAAUCUGUUCUUUUAAAUGCCUUACUGCGUGGUAGUAGCAUUGGUCAAAGUUUGAACUCGCCCAGUGAUUGCAUGGACACUAGUGCAUUUCAGGAAACUUCUAAGUGUUCGUCUCCCUCACUUUGUAAUGCUCUAAGCAAUUCAGGAAACUGCUUUGAUAGUUCAUCCAACAAACAUCUAAUCCACCUCAACGAUUCAUCAAAUAAGUCAGUUCAGGUCGAAAAAGGCCCCAAUCUUCUUACAAAUACAAAAGGGUUACCAGAUUCUUACGCUCAUCCUAGUUAUUCAUACAAUGAUCAUUCAUCCAUUAAUUCAAUAAAUACAGUACAGAAUGUUGACAUCCCCAGGAUUAAUUCAUUGAAUGUUGCGGAUAAUAUAUCAGCUCCAGUGGCUAACUAUGGGGUGUCUGGUGACUGUUCCAUAACUCAGAACCAUGAGCCUGAUCUGUCUGUUUUGACACAAACUGUAUCUCGAGCAGAUGGUUCAUCUUUUCUAAUCUCUCAUAAUCUUUUGGUAAAAAAUUGCAGGACGGAAUCUAUUGGCUUCGGUGUUACUGACCUUUUAAUGCGAGGUUCCAAUAAUUACUUUAAUAAAACUGAAUUGAUUUCUCAACAAAGCUCAGUCGAUUCACAUAACUCUCUUGGUCUACCGCUAGAACGAAAAAAUUCAAACGUACAAACUUUGGAUCCAAACGGUUCUGCCGUACAAAGUACACAGGGAAACCCAAAUUAUUUGGUCGAUGUCAGCGCUGUUCCUUCUCAGAAUUCACAAGACUCCAUCCUUAUUUUUAAAGGAAAUAACGGGCUUUCUACAUCAAUCCAUGGAAGUCUUUCUGUUUCAUCAAAUACAGGUUUUAAUUUCUCUAGUCGUAAUUCUGGUCCGUGCACAAUCCCUAGUAAUUCACUUUCAGAAUCGAAUAUGUUUGCUCUACCAAGUAAUGAACUUAGAAAUGCAUACACAGAAGAUUCUAAUUCUGAGCUGGAAACUUUGGUACCUGGAAGUUGGACUGAACCACAGAUUUUUCCACAUGCAAUCAAUAUUUCACUAAAUGAUAUGGAACAACUUCCUAAAGCAUCAGUCACAAGUGAUAAAUGUUUAAACGUAUCUAAGAUUAUCGAAAGUAAUCCAUCAAUGCUUGGACGUUCCAGUUCAGCUGGGAAUUUAUUCUCACUUCAACAUAAUCAAAUUCCUAGUUGUUCGAUACAGGGUUCAGCAACUACUACAUCGAGUUUUGGAAGUACAGAAAUUUUAUCUCCAAUGCUUUCUAACCAUAAAGGAUUUCUGUAUGCUACUUCACCAUCGUGUUCUCCACCUUCGGUUUCAGAACAAAAUGAUCAACAAGCUAAACAUAUUCUAGGUAAUUCCUCUGAAGAACGACGACGUCAAUCUAUGCAAUCUGGUUUACAAACUCUACGACAACUGUUAAAAUUACACUCCAAUUUAGAUAAUCUUGGUGGUAGUAACCGUCUGACAGCUCGCAGACAUCUUAGCAAUCUAGAAAUGCCUUCCAUAUCUGGGACUUAUUCAUUUGGGGAUACAGAUAUGCCUAGUGAAAUGCUUAGCGUUGGAUUACGUCCAUCAAAUGGGUUAGAUUUUACAUCUGAUGAACAAAUGAUGUCUUCAGGAACCGAAGUUGGUGGUACUGCUCGAGCAUCUAAAGCUGCAACAUUAAGAAGUGCUGCAGAACUAAUACGAAAAUUAAGAGAUGAACGAAAUGUAUUAGAAACACAAUGUACAAAUCUUAAGGGCGAAGUAAAAGCUUUGAAAAGUGCAAUUAACCUUUUUUGUGAAAAAUUGCCCCCCUCCAAUUCAUCAUCUACAAGGUCAAUAUCAGAUCAAAAUUUAAAUUCUUACUAUUCUGAAUGGUUUCGUGCAUAUGUGCUCCAACAAACUGAAGUUAAUUGGAAAUUUUAUAUAUUUAGUUUAAUAAUCGGUAGAAUUUUCAAGUCUUAUUGCAAUACAACAAUUUCAAGUUCACGUGAUCAAUUUAUCCGAUCCGUAUAUGGUUGGUUAGAUGCUAAUUGUUCCCUGGUACAACUAAGACCUGCUGUAAUGCAAGCUUUAUGCACUCUUGGGAAAACAACUUCUGUUUUACAAGAACCGAAUAAAUUACCUGAACAAUCUAGAUCAUUGUCUAUCACGAAUUUAUUUUGA